GGACUCCUGCUGCGGGACUACUGCUUUGUGACCCUGGACGCCCGUCGGCUUUUUAUGAGCUGAUACUCUGAGCCAAAGUCUCGUGAAUUGUGCCAUCAGUGACCGACGCAAUUUAAAGAACCAUGGAGAGGCAUCGCAGGCAUCCACCUCGGUGGCGAAUGUCACUACUAGUCCAACGAGGGCCUCUACUAGUUCUCUUAACAUUAGCGUUACUUCCGGCUACGGCAGAUUCACAGCCUGCACAUAAAAAUUCCAGACCUCAGCAGCGGUUUGCGAUAGAACCAACUGACAGGUCGGCCAUCCUGGGUGACACUGUCGUGCUCGCGUGUCGCGUCAUCCACAAAGCGGGCACACUCCAGUGGACGAGGGAUGGCUUCGGCCUCGGCAGCGAUCGGGACUUAUCCGGUUUUCCAAGGUACUCUAUGGUGGGCAGCGAUGACGAAGGUGACUUUUCGUUGCAAAUCGGCAGUGUGACCCUGGAGGACGAUGCCACGUUCCAGUGCCAAGUCGGAGCUGUAGAUGAUGUCAAAGGGAUUCGGUCGCGCAGCGCUCCGCUCAUUGUGUUCGUUCCACCGGAGCCGCCCAAGAUUGUGCAGGGUGAAUUUCUGAGGACGACUGCAGGGAUGACGGUCGAACUGACUUGUGAGUCGCACGCUGGAAAGCCUCCUGCAGAGCUAACGUGGCUCGAUGGCAAUGGCAACGUGGUUACCAGUGGCGUUGAGUACAAGACGGAGCUGUUGUCGGACGAGAAACGAGCCAACGCCUUCAUCACGUGGACCUUCAGUCCCAGCAGAGAACACGAUGGCAAGACGUUUACUUGCCGAUCCGAGAACAAGGCGCUCAAGAAGCCCAUGUUGGCCACCAUACGCAUGGAAGUCAAGUAUCCUCCCGAGAUCACACUGACGGUUGACUCUGACAAGAUAUCAGAGUUCGACCAUGUGCGCUUCCAUUGCCAGGCGAUCGCCAACCCUUCAGACAUCGUCUACAAGUGGUACAGAAACGACGAGCUGAUCGCUGGCGAUCACACGACAGAGCUCCUCCUUUCUCGUGUCACCAGGAACUUCAAUGGCGACACCAUCACGUGCGAGGCAAGGAAUGAUGUCGGAACUACAAAGUCUACUCAUACCCUCAACAUUCACUAUCGUCCAACUUUUAAGGACAAGGACGAAACAGCAGCGGCUGAGCUUGGGGAAGAAGUGACGCUGAAAUGCGAGGUGGACUCGAACCCAAAGCCCGACAUCGUGUGGAUGCACGAAGCUGCAGACCACGUGCUCGGCAAACACGAUACCUACGUGAUCCCUUCGAUCCAAGCGCGCGACGCAGGCCGUUACACGUGCCGCGCCACGGUGCCCGGGUUCCCAGAGAUCACGAAAGACAUUUUCGUCUACAUCAAAGGUCGUCCGAAGGUUAAAAGCCCCGCAACGCAGUACGGCAUAGAAGGUGAAGAAGUUCGAGUUGAGUGCAUCAUUACGUCGGUGCCCCCUCCAACGCAUGUCGCCUGGUCCAGGAACGCCGAGUUGGUGGACAUAGACAACAACCAAGGCUACGAGAUCAUCAAGGAACCUCUGUCUAAUGGGCUUCGCAACCUGCUCAUCAUUCAUAACGCUGAAGAUGAUGACUUUGGGCAAUAUAACUGCUCAGUCUGGAACCAGUUCGGCCAGGAUAGCAUGCUCAUCACCGUGCUGAAGCAGAAGAAUCUGCCUAUUUUGAUUAUCUUGGCAGCAGUCAUUGGCGGGAUCGUGGUUGUCGUCACUGUGACUAUCGCAAUUAUCCUCUGUCUCCGAAAGAAAAAUAUUGUGAAAGACGAGGAUUUCAAUUCGGAGAAAAAAGGAAAGCAGUCGGACUCGGCGUCGUCAGGAGACUCCGACAUCAAAGUGGAAAUCCGGACGGCGUCUUCGAUGUCUAACAAUGAGCACGAUCGCAGUUGGGAGGACAAUAGCGAUACCACGCGGACCCACGAUACACAGGACAUCUACAAGUACGCCAACAACGUAUCCGACUACACAGACGGAAGUUUUCCCCCGAAGUCCGAGGCACAGAACAACAACGGCUACAUCCCGUACGUCGACUACUCGCGGGACUACAACCCACCGCCACCGCUGCAGCUAAAUGCCAGCCGUGAUAGUGGUUUGUACGGAAGUUCGCCGCAGUCCCUCAAUGAUCUGGGACAGAGCAUAGACCCUCGCUAUAGAGCGGGCUAUGCGAACCCAUACCUGCGGACGUCGCAGUCCAAUCUUCCGCCACCGCAAGGCGUGUACGUCAGUCCUCGCGCCGCGGCAGCGGGUAACAUCGUCCUUCCCGGCGCUUCUUCGGCGACGCUGCCACAGAAUAGGUAUAUCACAUCGCAACAGAGUCACCUAAAACCAGGAACUUUGGCCACGCAUGUAUGAUGGCAGGAGACCACCAUGUAAAUAGGACUGCUUCUGCUGCUCAUGCCUGCUGCUGUCCAGUACUGUUGAGUGUUCCUUCUAGUGUGUUUGUCACCAGCCUUCUUGCCUGGUUGCACCACAUUCUAUCGAUGACUGUAUGUGUUGCCAACGGAAGAUGUGUAUGACAACUGUGUUCCCUAAACAGGGAUAGCUUACUUUGCCGUUCUAGACAGAGUUUUACUUAUUUGUCGUUGUGUGGUUGUGCUUUACUGUUUCUGAAGUAUUUUAAACGAGAUGUAGAUAGGGCUGCUUGGCGUUGCCGCUGCAUAAAACACAUUCGUGGAUCUUGAUGUAGUCUUGUCAGCUUGUAUCAUCUCACUUUCCUGAAGAAUAAUUAGAGCAGGCUGCACCUCUCUGCGUUAGUCAGUUCAUGUACGGUUUCAGCGUGCAGAUAUUAUUAUGUGUAUGGGAUCCAGGUUAUGAUGUCAUUUUCUUCUGUUUUCUCCUUACCUAUAAGUUCAAAAAUUUCAGUUGGUGCACAAUCCGACAUCAAAAUUUACAUGGCUACGUCGAAGAAACCGUAGUGUACUAUAAAGUAAAACUAUUUACGAUUGCUGGUAUUGCUGCAGUGACAAUUUUUGCAUUAACACGUUCAUCAUCACUUUGCCUAGUCGUAUCACAACAAUGCAACGCCAAUGCACGCUCUCUGCAAAUUUCAAGAUAGGCAUGCCACAAAGGCAUCCUUAGUUGUUGUUUUCUUCUUUUACGAUCUUACAAGUGCAAUGUAUCUGGAGGUGUGGCUGUUCCAGCAUCUGUGUCUUGCUGAAAAAGGUUUAUCCAAUGAACACCAUACAGCUGCUCAAUACAGGCAAUAAUCAGGCGGUCUUUUAGAUCGCCAGCUCAUGUGAAAACAGUAACUUCCACUGUUGCUCGAGUCACUGUUGGUGCAACCAGGCAAACGGUGCCCACCAAGAUAGCAUCUUCAACUAAUGACACCCAUUCUCUGCCGGUGAGUUUUAACGAUGCGUUUUGGGAACCAAAGACCUUUGUGAAUUUAACCCUGCCCCCAUGUUGUACAUAGCGUUGCCGUGCGGGUGAGCGCCGGCUGAUAGGAGUAUUUGAUAAGGGGCAAGAGGACUGUGACUCUUAUUUAUUAUGUUGUGUCUGCUGCACGUAGUUUUCUUAAACGUUCUAUUAUCAUGAGUGAUGUGUUUCCGUGUUCACAAAGAAGUAUUACUUCAUUUAAAGUACAGCAGAAGAGUGUUGUGGUGACAUUACUUCAACUUCGUUUACCUGUUACUUCUGCCUUUACUAGAAGUGGAAGUUGCAGCAUUCAAGCUUGAGUUCAGUGUCUGGCAGAUUUCAUUAACUCUCUCUCCGUGUGUUUUUCCUCAUGCCAACCUGGAAUAAUUGAGUAAAGUUACAUAACUGCACUCCAGUCCUGUGCCAUUUAGAUAAAUGCGCAACUCCUGGAACCAACCAAGCCAUAAAGCAUUGUGGCAGCGAGUGUCGACAUAUCGACGCAUUAAAACAGUGCUUUUUCUUGCUUGAUAGUACUAGUUUACUUUGCUUCGUGCGUGAAACGGCAAAACAAAGUUCUUCAGUGCCAUACCGAAUUAUGAGCUAUUUCUUCCGUAAAGAUGAGUGCGUGUAGUAUUGGCAACUCUACAGCUAUCACUGUAUUCGUGUGAAGAAACGGAAACAAGGUUCGCUUGUCCUUAUGAAUGAGAUAGAUGCCUGAAGAGGAGAGUUCGCUGCAUUCUUGUAGGACCAGACGUUCGGUGGUAACGACAAUUCCACUGGUCUGUCACCUGUCCGUAGGCCGUCAAGUAUGGCGUGAUUAAGGUUGUGAGGUAACCCAACGUCAUCUAGACUAGAGAAGGCGUGGUCAGUAUCCUCUCUUCACCCUUCGCUGCGUGGACAUAGCGAGUCGCUGGGUCGUCCGUUCUGCCAAUCGCUGCAUGUGAAACAUAGAAAGCUCGUGGCCGCUCGUGGUUUCCCAUGCGGCUUAUGGUGGCUAGUUUCCAUGGUUACGGUCGUUGGAAGCAUCGCUGAGAAAGCACUUAGGAGCAAGGGAAGUUUGAGUAGCGAUCAUGCCUUGUAUAGUCUACGCGACCUUGGGCGCGUUCUUCAAGCAAGCACCGUGGUGUGCUGAGGAUGCAGCGAAGCGCCCCCUGCGACGGUUCGACACCCGGCGUAGAAAGCAAUAACUAUGAAAAGCACACGGCAAAGUAUUUAUUCUGAAUGAAUGGCAGUUACUCGGGUUUAGUACACUUUUAUCUCUAGGUACAGGCCCACAUAGUGUUUUAGUGAUUUGUGUAUUUUUCUUGAAAUGAAGUGCGUUCGUAGAGGGUGCUAUCAGGGCAGAGAAGGCUCCGUUAUAAAGCUUCGGGUCAGUGGUGGUCGGCAGAGAGUGUUGCCAGUGUGCUCAGGUCGUACGAACAGAGAUUGUAAAUUUAUGUCUAUAAUAAGUGGCCUUUGACGAGAGCAUGACUGAUGUGUACAGUGUCCCUACUUCUGUGUUCGACUCCCAUCUCGUUUUCAUGUGACUGGCCAGCCGGAAUGUUUCAUUGUCGCUAUGCAAGUGUCGACGACCAUCACCUCAUCACAUCAUAAGAGUGAAUGCUUCGUUGUGUACUUACAUCAACAGUUUCUACAACGUACUGCUUGCGACAUACUUGUCUGAAAUCGACAGCUCGUGUUUGUCGUGUCUGAAAUCUCCAGGUGCUGCCAUGUUGUUUCGUCCGACUGAUAGAUCCGUACAGCAUACUACCCACCCUCACACACAAUAAUGAUGCAGAUCCUUCAGGGGCUACCAGGCCAAUACGAGCUCCUGAACAUUUGAUUGAAGAUUUCAGACAAGUGUGUCGCAAGCAGCACGUACUUCAUUCCGUUGCCAAUACUUAUGGAGCAUUAUUGUUGGUGCUAUCCCAUGAACCUCUUGUCACUUCAACUUCUGCGUUUUUAAGUGUACGAUUAUGCUUCAAGGUCUUCGUGCAGACGUUGGCUCAGUUGAUUUCAUUUCUUAUGCCCGCUAGCGUUUGUCUGUCUGUGUUGAGUUUCACGCGAUGCGGCGGCAUCUGUGUACAUAGGCUGUACAUCAUACGCGAAGAGACAAAUCGUAUUAUAAACAUUGUAAUGAGUGUUUUAUUUUUGCCAGUACAGGAUAAGCAGUGAAGAUUUGCUCACAUGUAUGUAACAUACGACCCCAGAUUGACGAACUGUCGCUAGAUCUGAAGUGAACAGACUGAGAAGUGUUAGAAACAUGCUUUUUCACAAAUGCAGAAAGUGUCUGUUGCCUGUGUUCAAGAAGCUGUGGUCAGCAAUAGAAGUGCGCGCCAUUUCCAGGGAAGUGAAAGACUUUUCGUGAAACAUGAGGACAGUGUGUUUUCUACGAACGCUUCGUCCCCUUUCCGUGUUUCGGGAGGCUCGGCUUCCAUGUGAGAAAAAGAACAUUUUGUGAUGACCGAACUGAACGCGAACUGAUGUUCCUUGUCAAACGUGUAAACGAGAAAAAUUUACUGCCCACAGUUUCUGUGGAAAUCGUCUUUGUGAGGUAAAGGUACCUUGUCCUAGUACUUAUGCCAACGCCAUAAGUGGUGAUUUUACAAAUGUUAAUAAAGAAGAAAAUGGCAGUAUUGA